AUGUGGGUCCGUCUCGCCUCCGUUGUGGCACUCCUGCCAGGCCUUUCGCUUGCCUUCCCCAGCUCGAGAGACUUUGACCUCGAGUCGUCGACUCUCUUUACUCGCGACUACAUCCAGCCGGACGUAGACAACAGCCAACCGUACGCGUUCACGCCCAGCCCGGCACCCGACGCAGCACGAUGGCCCGAGGGUCUCCACUUUGCUGUCGACUACUACCCUGCGCAGUGGCCCGACUUCUUGUGGGCGGACGAUGCGGCAAAGAUGGCCAAUGCCACGCUGUCGUAUGCGCGCAUCAGCGAGUUUGACUGGGCCAUUCUCGAGCCGACAGAUGGCAACUACGACUGGACGCUGCUCGACCGCUCGAUUGAUGCUCUGUACAGUCAGGGUGUCAAGGUGAUUCUGGGCACGCCGACUGCGACGCCACCCAUAUGGGCGGUCAAAAAGUACGAUAUCCUCGGCGCCGACGCCCAGGGUCGCGAACGCAGAUUCGGCUCGAGACGUCACUACUCGUUCUCCUCGCCGGACUACCGCAUGCUCUCGAAGCGCUUUGUGAAGGCCAUGGCCAAGCGAUAUGGUCAGCAUCCGGCAGUGGCGGGCUGGCAGAUCGACAACGAGCUCGGCUGCCACGGCACCGUGCGCACGUACGACGCCAAUGCGCGCACCCGCUGGCAGCAGUGGCUCAGCGACAAGUACAACCAUAACAUCACGCUCUACAACCAGAUGCAGGGCCGCGUCUUCUGGUCCUCGACCUACCAGUCGUUCGACCAGAUCGACGUGCCCAUGCUCGAAGUUACCGAAAGCAGCCCCGCAGGUCGUCUGGAUUUCUACCACUUCUCGUCCGACAUGACCAUCGAGUACGCCAAGGACCAGGUCGACGCCAUUCGCGCGCACUCGCACAAGGCCAUCACCACCAACUUCAUGGGCGGCUUCCUCGACUUUGAUCACUUCAAGCUGGCCAGAGAGACAGGAAUCGAUCUGGCCACGUGGGAUUCAUACCCCUUGGGCAACACGGAGCAGUUUUCCUGGAUCUCGGAUGCGGACAAGAUCAAGUACGGCAGGACGGGCACGCCCGAUUUCCAGGCACUGCAUCACGAUCUGUACCGCGGCGUUGCUGGUGCUGCGUACAACAAGACGGCCGGGCCGUUUGGGAUUAUGGAGCAACAGCCAGGCCCGGUCAACUGGGCGCCGUACAACCCGUCUCCGAAGCUCGGCAUGGUACGACUCUGGCAGCACGAGACGUUUGCGCACGGAGGCAGCAUGUCGAACAUCUUCCGAUGGCGCGAGGUGCCCUUUGCACAGGAGCAGAUGCAUGCCGCCAUGCUUCGACGCGACAACGUGCCCGACCAUGCCUACCUCGAGCAGCAGCAGAUUGUGCACGACGACCUGCCCAAGAUGUCCGGCCUCUUCCGAUCCGAACAGGGCAAGCGCGAUGUGGCGAGCAGUGCGCCCGUGCAGACAAAGACGGAAGGCCAGGCCGACGUGGCGCUUGUGUUCGACUACGCAGCGCAGUGGCUGAUGGAGGCCGAACCGCAAUCCGGGUCGUGGGAUGUCGAUUCGGAAGGCUUCCAGGAUGCGUCGAUGCAGUACCUUCCACUCGUGCUCAAUUGGUACACGGCGCUGCGCAGACUCGGGCUCAACAUCGACAUUGUCGGCCCCUCGACGCCUCUGGACGGCUACAAGAUGCUCGUCGUCCCCAGCAUGCCGCUGAUCAGCAACGAGUUUGUCCACACCUGGUCGCGCUUCCGCGGGCUUACGGUCUUUGGCCCGCGCACCGCGUCCAAGGUGGCGACGCUGGCGAUCCCGGACGGCCUGCCGCCGAGCAACGGGCCGGUACGCGACGUGCUGCCGAUGAAAGUCGUGCGUGUCGAAACGAUCAAGCAAGGCUUCGGCGACAAGAUCGCGUACAAGGGUCAGCAGUACAACGUCUCGGGCUGGGUCGAGUGGAUCGAGUGCCAGCGCGACGACAAGAACGCCUCGAUCCCGCUCGCCCAAUCCGCCACCUACUCCGGAUACCGCGACGGCGCCCCUGCCACAUGCGGGAACAAGCUUGGCGACAAGGAGACUCACUACGUCUCGGCGUAUACCCCCGUCGAAUUCCUCGUCUCGUACCUCGCCGACUUGGCAGGCAACGCUGGUGUGCAAAACAUCUUCGGCCAGACGCCAAACGCCAACGAAACGGAUCUGGGCACUGACCUGCGUUUUAGAAGGAACGGCAACGCGCUCUGGGCUUUCAACUACGGUCCUGACCAGCUGGAUCUGCCUGCUGCUCCUCAGGGUGCCAAGCUGCUGGUGGGUGGAGAGGGAGGCAAGAUCGGCCCGACUGGUGUUGCCGUCUGGAGUCUCGAGUAG